AUGACAAUCAAUCAGCUGAACUUGUUUUACCAUCUGGACUGCUUCCGCUGUUACAUUUGCAACAAACAGUUAGGACGGGACGUUCGCCUUCGUGGAGAGAAGUUACACUGCAAGACAUGCUACAACAGCUACGAACGUAUGCUUUGGCUAGCUACAGGUGUCGCAAAUCAGUUUACUGUUAUGCUUUAG